UAUAUAAACAGUUUACGAACGAUAUUGACUAUUUUGUUAUACUCAAUACGAUAUCUAUCCCGGGUUCUCUGAUGCUCUCUCCCCCUCCCAAAGUUAUUAUCCAAGGCUUUCGUAGCUAUCGAGAUCAGACUUGUCCAGAAGAGUUUAGUCCCCACCACAAUAUCAUUGUGGGUAGAAAUGGCUCAGGAAAAUCAAAUUUCUUUCAAGCCAUUCAGUUUGUACUAUCUGAUGAAUAUAGUCAUUUGAGUAAUCAAGAGCGUCAGAAUCUUUUACACGAAGGCACAGGACCUAGAGUUAUAUCGGCGUAUGUCGAAAUGAUCUUUGAUAAUUCAGAUAAUCGUAUUCCGUUCGACAAGAGCGAGGUUUCACUAAGGCGAAUAAUCGGUAGCAAAAAGGAUCAAUACUUUUUAGACAAAAAGAUGGUCACAAAGGCCGAUGUUAUGAAUAUGUUGGAGAGUGCUGGGUUUUCACGAAGCAAUCCAUACUAUAUCGUGAAGCAGGGGAAGAUUACUCAACUUGCCACUGCUCCAGAUCAUCAACGCCUCAAGCUACUCAGAGAGGUUGCUGGUACUCGUGUUUAUGAUGAAAGGAAAGAAGAAAGUAAACAGAUUUUUAGAGAGUCGGAAGCAAAACGAGAGCAGAUUAGCGAAUUGUUAAGUAGUAUAGAAGAUCGACUUAGAACACUUGAAAAUGAAACAAAAGAGCUUAAAGAAUACCAACGAUGGGAUCGCGAUAGGCGAACUCUCGAAUAUACUAUUUAUGAUAGGGAGCUCAAAGAUACUCGACGAAAACUUGAGGAGCUUCAAGCACGUCGAGAAACGAGUAGUGAAAGUACGGCAGAGAUCAGGCGGGCCGCCAAGGAUUGUGCAGAUCAGAUUGAACGCUUGGAGCGUGAGCUUCGUGAUAGUCGUCUCAAAGAGGCCCAGAUGCAAGAUGAAGUUGAACAAGUCCAGCAUUCUGUUAGUGAAGUAUUACAGCGUCGCGAGCAGCUUCAAUUAAGCAUUGCUGACUACUCUGCUACCUUGCGUGGUGGUAAAUCGGCUCGCGAAAGAGCAGCUGAUCAACUCGCUAAAGUUAAUAAUAUGAUUAGGCAAGUGGAACAGCGUUUGGCAGAACUUGAGCCAGAAUAUAAAGCCGCUAGAAAGUGUGAGGAAGAGCUAGCAAAUGCUCUUAGUGAUGCUGAACAUAGAAGGUGGUCUAUUUGUUUUCUAACCUUCUAUUAA